AUGAUGUUCAUCGGAGUUAUCCACUGCGAGGAGUCGACGCUCUAUCGUCUUGGAUGGGGAAACCGUCAUCGGGCGAAAUGGUUUUUCUACAUCAGGGCUAAGGAUAUCUAUGAUGCUACGUUCGAGACCAAUAAGAUCAUCGUCAUACAAGCUCUGUUCCUCAUGAGCUUUUGGCGAGCCGGUGCGUUAUUGGAGAAGGACGCACGACAUUGGCUAGGUACGGCUAUCAGCCUCUCUGAGACAAGAGCACUACAUCGGUCUGGAGGCGAUACCGAAGAGAGUCUAACGAGGGUUAAAAGGAGACUUUGGUGGGCUAUCUACGUUCGUGAGCGGCAAUGCGCGUCCGCUCUAGGGCUACCGUGCCGCAUACGCGACAAAGAUUGCGAUAUCGAGCCGUUGUCAUCCGCCGAUUUCACAUCUGCUUUUGCUUCAUCAACAUCUGUCGAAGACCGUCAUCGCUACACUGUCUACGCGAUAAGCAUGGUGCAGCUGGCGGUCUUCUUGGGCAGGGUGGUGGACGCUGGUUAUCUACCCAAGCGCACGCUCGCGCCUAACGAAAGGAUCAAGCUGCGCAAUGAGCUUUACAAAUGGAGACAAGACCUCCCGAGUGUCAUGCAGUUGCAAACCGAUGCCGGUGAUCCGCCAAACUUUCAGGCCAGCAUGCUCCAUCUUGCAUACAACAACCUACUUAUUCUACUCUACCGCACCAGCUUCGUUCUGGACGAGAACAGCAACACAGCAACAGACGGAAAUGUCGCGCUCCAAGCUGCAGCGCGUAACUCGCGUAUAGUAGAAGAUAUGCUGCCUGGCAGCAACAUUGGGCAUGCUCAGAUGCAUGUCAUCACCAAUUUAUUCAACACACUCUGUAUUCACGUUGUGAACUUCAGGCGCUCAAGUGGCAUCAAUCGCACCCUCGCUGAGCAUCGAGCCAAACUAUGUUUGUUGGGUUUGCAAGAACUCCAGAAGACGUGGGAGGUGACCAAUUGGGUGUUACAAUUGUUCUUUCAAUACCUCGAUAGAGAAACAGCUUCGAGGUUGGCUAUGGAAGCGGAUGAUGGUGGUUCUUCGACUGCCACUGGCCAGUUCACCUCAGCCUGUACUACCACGCAACCGCCGUCGCAACACCAAGGUGCUGAUAACGUUCCAACUCGUAGCACGCAAUAUCUCGACGCUCCUGCAUCUUCCACCACUAGUCCCAGGCCCUGGUCGUGGACCUUGGAUGAAGCCGACCAGUAUCUCUUCACGCAGAUCGAAAACGACUUUGCUUUUGGAGAGGGUGCCUUGCAGCAAUGGUGUCCCGAAGAUUUGCUUUCCACGGAGUAA